AUGGAAAGAUGCUACCCAGGUGGUAUCAGCUGUGUUGUACCCAAAGGAGAAUGGAUGUACAAUCUUGGGGUCGGUGAUGCCUACGAUAUCGUUGGAACAAAGGACAACAUCUGCAUCCGUGUUCCUGACAGCUCCGUCUUGGCCUAUCUGGUGUCUGUGUCUGGCCCAAUUGCCAUCACAUCGGGCAAUCCCAGUGGAGGAGAUGACAGCAUUCACCACGAUAUGCUUAUCAACUCACUGGGACACAAGCUUGAUGGCGUCAUCUGUGAUGGCGAUUCCCGAGAGCUGAGCGCAUCAACAGUAGUCAACUGUAUGAACAUCGACCAAGGUGAGAUCACCUAUUUUCGAGUGGGGUGCACACCACAGGAAAUUGUGGACAAACAUUUGGAGGACGCCAGAGCAGAAAUUGAAGGCAAAACAAGCUACCCUCCAUGCACGCUGUACGAGUCAAAUAAAUCCUCCGAUCUAAGAGCCGCCGCUGCUAUUCUGAGUAAUGGUGGUGUGGAGCCUCCUGCAAACACCCCCGAGUCCAUUCGAAGGCUCUACACAGUCAAGGAACGUCCUGCAACAAAACCCAUAUGUCUGUGUCUGUCCAACUUGGAUCAGUUGAAAGCAGCCAAGCCCGACUUCAGCCCUCUCCUUUGGAACUUUAUGGAAAGAUGCUACCCAGGUGGUAUCAGCUGUGUUGUACCCAAAGGAGAAUGGAUGUACAAUCUUGGGGUCGGUGAUGCCUACGAUAUCGUUGGAACAAAGGACAACAUCUGCAUCCGUGUUCCUGACAGCUCCGUCUUGGCCUAUCUGGUGUCUGUGUCUGGCCCAAUUGCCAUCACAUCGGGCAAUCCCAGUGGAGGAGAUGACAGCAUUCACCACGAUAUGCUUAUCAACUCACUGGGACACAAGCUUGAUGGCGUCAUCUGUGAUGGCGAUUCCCGAGAGCUGAGCGCAUCAACAGUAGUCAACUGUAUGAACAUCGACCAAGGUGAGAUCACCUAUUUUCGAGUGGGGUGCACACCACAGGAAAUUGUGGACAAACAUUUGGAGGACGCCAGAGCAGAAAUUGAAGGCAAAACAAGCUACCCUCCAUGCACGCUGUACGAGUCAAAUAAAUCCUCCGAUCUAAGAGCCGCCGCUGCUAUUCUGAGUAAUGGUGGUGUGGUUGGAACUCCCACAGACACCGUGUAUGCCAUAGGAGCCUCCUGCAAACACCCCGAGUCCAUUCGAAGGCUCUACACAGUCAAGGAACGUCCUGCAACAAAACCCAUAUGUCUGUGUCUGUCCAACUUGGAUCAGUUGAAAGCAGCCAAGCCCGACUUCAGCCCUCUCCUUUGGAACUUUAUGGAAAGAUGCUACCCAGGUGGUAUCAGCUGUGUUGUACCCAAAGGAGAAUGGAUGUACAAUCUUGGGGUCGGUGAUGCCUACGAUAUCGUUGGAACAAAGGACAACAUCUGCAUCCGUGUUCCUGACAGCUCCGUCUUGGCCUAUCUGGUGUCUGUGUCUGGCCCAAUUGCCAUCACAUCGGGCAAUCCCAGUGGAGGAGAUGACAGCAUUCACCACGAUAUGCUUAUCAACUCACUGGGACACAAGCUUGAUGGCGUCAUCUGUGAUGGCGAUUCCCGAGAGCUGAGCGCAUCAACAGUAGUCAACUGUAUGAACAUCGACCAAGGUGAGAUCACCUAUUUUCGAGUGGGGUGCACACCACAGGAAAUUGUGGACAAACAUUUGGAGGACGCCAGAGCAGAAAUUGAAGGCAAAACAAGCUACCCUCCAUGCACGCUGUACGAGUCAAAUAAAUCCUCCGAUCUAAGAGCCGCCGCUGCUAUUCUGAGUAAUGGUGGUGUGGUUGGAACUCCCACAGACACCGUGUAUGCCAUAGGAGCCUCCUGCAAACACCCCGAGUCCAUUCGAAGGCUCUACACAGUCAAGGAACGUCCUGCAACAAAACCCAUAUGUCUGUGUCUGUCCAACUUGGAUCAGUUGAAAGCAGCCAAGCCCGACUUCAGCCCUCUCCUUUGGAACUUUAUGGAAAGAUGCUACCCAGGUGGUAUCAGCUGUGUUGUACCCAAAGGAGAAUGGAUGUACAAUCUUGGGGUCGGUGAUGCCUACGAUAUCGUUGGAACAAAGGACAACAUCUGCAUCCGUGUUCCUGACAGCUCCGUCUUGGCCUAUCUGGUGUCUGUGUCUGGCCCAAUUGCCAUCACAUCGGGCAAUCCCAGUGGAGGAGAUGACAGCAUUCACCACGAUAUGCUUAUCAACUCACUGGGACACAAGCUUGAUGGCGUCAUCUGUGAUGGCGAUUCCCGAGAGCUGAGCGCAUCAACAGUAGUCAACUGUAUGAACAUCGACCAAGGUGAGAUCACCUAUUUUCGAGUGGGGUGCACACCACAGGAAAUUGUGGACAAACAUUUGGAGGACGCCAGAGCAGAAAUUGAAGGCAAAACAAGCUACCCUCCAUGCACGCUGUACGAGUCAAAUAAAUCCUCCGAUCUAAGAGCCGCCGCUGCUAUUCUGAGUAAUGGUGGUGUGGUUGGAACUCCCACAGACACCGUGUAUGCCAUAGGAGCCUCCUGCAAACACCCCGAGUCCAUUCGAAGGCUCUACACAGUCAAGGAACGUCCUGCAACAAAACCCAUAUGUCUGUGUCUGUCCAACUUGGAUCAGUUGAAAGCAGCCAAGCCCGACUUCAGCCCUCUCCUUUGGAACUUUAUGGAAAGAUGCUACCCAGGUGGUAUCAGCUGUGUUGUACCCAAAGGAGAAUGGAUGUACAAUCUUGGGGUCGGUGAUGCCUACGAUAUCGUUGGAACAAAGGACAACAUCUGCAUCCGUGUUCCUGACAGCUCCGUCUUGGCCUAUCUGGUGUCUGUGUCUGGCCCAAUUGCCAUCACAUCGGGCAAUCCCAGUGGAGGAGAUGACAGCAUUCACCACGAUAUGCUUAUCAACUCACUGGGACACAAGCUUGAUGGCGUCAUCUGUGAUGGCGAUUCCCGAGAGCUGAGCGCAUCAACAGUAGUCAACUGUAUGAACAUCGACCAAGGUGAGAUCACCUAUUUUCGAGUGGGGUGCACACCACAGGAAAUUGUGGACAAACAUUUGGAGGACGCCAGAGCAGAAAUUGAAGGCAAAACAAGCUACCCUCCAUGCACGCUGUACGAGUCAAAUAAAUCCUCCGAUCUAAGAGCCGCCGCUGCUAUUCUGAGUAAUGGUGGUGUGGUUGGAACUCCCACAGACACCGUGUAUGCCAUAGGAGCCUCCUGCAAACACCCCGAGUCCAUUCGAAGGCUCUACACAGUCAAGGAACGUCCUGCAACAAAACCCAUAUGUCUGUGUCUGUCCAACUUGGAUCAGUUGAAAGCAGCCAAGCCCGACUUCAGCCCUCUCCUUUGGAACUUUAUGGAAAGAUGCUACCCAGGUGGUAUCAGCUGUGUUGUACCCAAAGGAGAAUGGAUGUACAAUCUUGGGGUCGGUGAUGCCUACGAUAUCGUUGGAACAAAGGACAACAUCUGCAUCCGUGUUCCUGACAGCUCCGUCUUGGCCUAUCUGGUGUCUGUGUCUGGCCCAAUUGCCAUCACAUCGGGCAAUCCCAGUGGAGGAGAUGACAGCAUUCACCACGAUAUGCUUAUCAACUCACUGGGACACAAGCUUGAUGGCGUCAUCUGUGAUGGCGAUUCCCGAGAGCUGAGCGCAUCAACAGUAGUCAACUGUAUGAACAUCGACCAAGGUGAGAUCACCUAUUUUCGAGUGGGGUGCACACCACAGGAAAUUGUGGACAAACAUUUGGAGGACGCCAGAGCAGAAAUUGAAGGCAAAACAAGCUACCCUCCAUGCACGCUGUACGAGUCAAAUAAAUCCUCCGAUCUAAGAGCCGCCGCUGCUAUUCUGAGUAAUGGUGGUGUGGUUGGAACUCCCACAGACACCGUGUAUGCCAUAGGAGCCUCCUGCAAACACCCCGAGUCCAUUCGAAGGCUCUACACAGUCAAGGAACGUCCUGCAACAAAACCCAUAUGUCUGUGUCUGUCCAACUUGGAUCAGUUGAAAGCAGCCAAGCCCGACUUCAGCCCUCUCCUUUGGAACUUUAUGGAAAGAUGCUACCCAGGUGGUAUCAGCUGUGUUGUACCCAAAGGAGAAUGGAUGUACAAUCUUGGGGUCGGUGAUGCCUACGAUAUCGUUGGAACAAAAGAUAGCGUCUGCAUUCGUGUUCCCGACAGUUCCGUCAUGGCCUAUCUGGUGUCUGUGUCUGGCCCAAUUGCCAUCACAUCGGGCAAUCCCAGUGGAGGAGAUGACAGCAUUCACCACGAUAUGCUUAUCAACUCACUGGGUGACGGGAAUUAG